AUGCUUCCUUCGCGCGACAACAACCCCCCUCCGCCGCUACCCACCACGACCUCCCGCCAUGAGCGCACGCUCUCCGCCCCCGCUUCCCCGCCAGGGAACGUACCCAAUGUCUCCGUCCUCGUCGAAUCACCCACCGGAAUCAACCCGCCCAGCGACUUCCCAUCUAUCUCCCGUACAAUCUCCCCCGGCGGGGCUACGCCGUCCAUGGGCUCCACACUGCUUGUUCCCGACAACUCGGACGCGGCCUCCAUCAACUCUAUCGGGAGCGCGACGAGCAAAAAGCGGCGUCCAUGGCGGCGCGGCUCUAACCCGAGCCAACCGCGCUCUGCCACCGUCGGCCCGACGGCGAACGGCAAGUCACCUCCGCGCAAGGGCAGCGGCGCGGUGGGCGGGCUUGCGUCGGCGCUGGCUGCCUCCGGGCUUGCCAUGGCGAACCCGGGAAUGUCGAACCCAGGCAUGACCCUGCCGCCGUUCUCUGAGGCAUCGUCUAACGGCGGUCCAGGGACACCCGGCCGCCCGCGACGCUCGAUGGACACACCGAAGACUCCGCCCGGGUCGCGCUCGCGCGGUGCCUCGAUCAGCUAUGGACCGAGCGACUACUCGGACCGAGAUUCAUUCCACUCGGGCAAUGACGCUUAUUCGGACGAGGAGGGCUCGGACAGCGACGAGCUGGACCUUGACCCGGACGACAUCCCGGUGACCGGCUUCGCGGUCGCGAGCAACAAGCGCAACCAGGACUUCCACGAGCUGUUCCCGACGGUGCCGGAGGGCGACUAUCUCAUCGAGGACUACGGGUGUGCGCUGCAGCGUGAAAUCCUGAUCCAAGGCCGGCUGUAUAUUUCGGAGAACCAUGUGUGCUUCCACGCGAAUAUCUUCGGGUGGAUUACGGACCUGUCGAUUCCAAUGUCCGAAGUCGUCUCGCUGGAAAAGCGGAUGACGGCGUUCGUGAUCCCCAACGCCAUCCAGCUCUCCACCCGCACCGCAAAGUACACCUUCACCUCCUUCCUCUCGCGCGACACCACCUUCGACGUCCUCUACAACGUCUGGCGCCUCGCCCGCCCCGAGAACUCCUCCGUCGGCUCCCUUGGCAUCAGCCCACGUGGCUCGCUCGACAACGGCGACUCAGAAGACACCUCCGACGGCAGCCCGCCGAUGAACGGGAAGGCUGCCGCCAAUGGCGCUCCUCCAAAAGCUGUCAAGCAGAAGGUCACCCAAUGCGAGUGUGGGCGGGCUGGCCAGCACUACUCGGAGACCGCGAUGGAAGCCAUAUUCCCGGGCACGCCGGAGAAGAUCUACAACUUGAUGUUCACGAGCGGGUUCAUUAAGGACUUCAUGCGGAUUGACCAGAAGCUCAUCGCAGACGUCCAAAUCUCGGACUGGAUGCCGAUGGACAACCCAAAGCUGCUCGCGCGGAACAUGUCAUACAUCAAGCCACUGAAUGGGAGCAUCGGACCGAAGCAGACGAAGUGCGAGCUGCGCGACGAGACCGCGUUCUGCGACUUUGACCAGUACGUGACCAUGCUCACGACGACGCGCACGCCGGAGGUGCCCAGCGGUGGUGUGUUCUCGGUGAAGACACGGACGUGCAUCACCUGGGCGAGCAGUGUCACGACGCGGGUUUUGGUGACGACGCAGGUUGAGUGGACAGGACGGAGCUUCAUCAAGGGUAUCAUCGAGAACUCCGCCCUCGCCGGCCAGAAAACCUACCAUGUUGAGCUGGAGAAGAGCAUGCGCAGCUAUAUCCACGAUCACGCGUCCGAGUUCAUCCCCGAGGGUGUCGACGUUACCGUUGUGGAGGAGGCCGAGACCCAGCAACAGGCUGAAGUUCCGCAAUCACCCCUCCCGCAUACACCCAGCCAAGACGAGGCGCGGAAGGCGCGCGAGACGGAACGCAACCAGCGCUCGCUGCAAUGGGCGUACGACACGUUCGAUGGCGCGUACACCGUCGCGCGCCGCUCAACCGAGGGCGCGCUCGAGCUCAUCCGCGACGCGUGGGACCAGUCCUCGUCCACGACGAUCCUCUGGUUCUUCAUCGUCGGCCUGCUCGUGUCGAACAUCUGGACGCUCACGCUCAUGGGCACGCGCGAGGAGGUCGGCCGCCGAAAGGAGAUGCGCAAGACGGAGGAGCGCGAGAAGUGGGUGCAAGGUGUCGUCACCGCGCUCUGGGAGGAGCUGCUCACGACGCGCGGGAACCAUAUGGGCGGAGCGGGCGGCGCGUCUGCGGUACCGACCUUCCCGCCUCUUGUACGGCCUGCUUCGGGGGAGUGGCGGGAGGAGCUCGGGCAGAUCACUGGGCAGCUGGAUCUCAUCGAGCAGCGCGUACGCGAGAUCCGGGGCACGCUGGGCCAGCUGGAGCAGUUGGCCCAGCUGGAUUAA